CCUGUCUCUAGCCAACGUCAGAGAGUGCCAGGGAGAGCCCCGGGGCUGGACGGGUCCUAGCGCCGCCCCGAAGACGAUUCCGAAUGGAGUCAGACAGGUCGCAGCUAGCUAGGGGAUAUCGGUAAUUCCAGGAGGCGGUGGCAGCAGCUCGGGUAGGAUCAGGGACGGGCUUCUGGACAUUGGGUAGGGUCAGAGCCCAGGAGGAAGCCACCGGGCGAAGCCAUGGAUCAAAACAGCUAGGGUUAGCGCUGAGAUGGGAUUGGAACUGGAAAAGCCACGUGGGACUGUUCAGAGACCACGAUGCUGCUGAACCAGGAAAACAAUUGGGCAAGGGUUCGGAGCAGCUGCUAGAGUCAGGAACAGAUGGCAGACGGUGGGAAUGGACUGGAUUCGCAGAAGAAACACACGGACGGCAGCGAGUCGGGGACAGUAAGAGUCAUAGAAGAUGAACGUGAGGAUUAGAAACAGAGCCCAAGGCUGCAGUCCUAAGAGCCCUUUUCUGGGAAGGCUAUAGCAGCAGCAGUAACAACAACACUUUGAGGCUGAGAGACAAUAACUGUUCCAAGGUUGUUUGGUUCAGUUGUGACUUGGGUUAUUUAAACCUUGCAUGCAGUGAAGAAAGCAACAUUCUAUACAAGGCUGAGCUGUAGAAGAUUAUAACUGCACUGGAGGCCACUGGAUGGAAGGUUCAACUAUGUUACACACAGAAAAAGAUCUGAAUGAACUUCUCAUCUGUAAAGAACAAGAACUGAAAGAGCUACAAGCUUGUCAGAUUCAUUUUCUGAAAACAACACUGCAAGAAACCCAAAAACAGCUUCAAGAAAUGCAGAGGAAAUUCAACAGAUUAAAGGAAGAUUUCACCUAUAACCUUAAAGUCCUAGAUGAGAGAGAUAGAGAACUCCAACACUAUGACAACCUUCUCACCCAGCUGAAAAUAGUUGAAAAUGCUAAGGAGGCAGAAGUUAGUGAGCUCAAAAUUCAGGUGGAUAAACUGCAACAGGCACUUAAUAAGGAAACCAAAAAACAAGAAGCUUUGCAGUACCAAUAUCAACAACAACUUAAAGAACAUCAAUUAGGUCUGGAGCGGCUUCUCAGCUCUAAGGACUCUGAUCUCAAUCAUCAUCAUGAGGAAUAUGAGAAUAUGAAACAACAGCUAGAGAGAAAACUUCAGGAAGUAGAAGGUGAACUUGCUUUGCAAAGGCAGGAACUUCUAGUGGAAUUUGAUGCAGCAAUUAAAAAAAGAGAACAUGAAUUUCGACAGAAAGCAGAUGAAAUGAGCAAUUUAUGUCUAUCUCAUGAGCUUAAGGUUAAGUUGUUGACGAGGGAAUUGGAAGCUCUGAAAGAUGCUGGGAUGAAAGCAGCAGAAUCAAUGAAAGAGGCAGAAGCAGCCAAUUUACAGUUGGAAAAAGAAGUAAAACGCAAGGAUUGGGAAAUAAAGGAUCUUGUGGCCGUAAAAGAUGCUCAGAUACAAGUUUUAGAAAGGAAACUUGAUUCACUGCAGCUGAGCUGGAAAAAAGAGAGAGAAAUAUUUGAGAGAAAACAUGCAGCAGUAGAUCGUUUCAGCAGGGAAAAGGAUGCAAGAUUCAGUUCUAUGAAAGAGGCCCAUGUAGAGCAAAUGCAUAAAUGGGAGAAUCAAAUCCGAGAACUACAGAUAAACAAGGAAACUUUGGAAAUGGAACUACAUCGGGCUGAAUGGAGGUAUACAGAUUGCUUGAGAGAGAAGGAGACUGCUGUUGAAAAACUUGAACAAGAGCUACAGGCACAGCAAUCAAGCUGGGAUUCUCGUGUAGCUCAGAUCUCCAAGGAGACAAUUUCAAAAGACCUUCAGAUUCAAGUACUACAAGAAGAAGAGGUAAAAUUGAGAGCACAAGUGACUAGCUUACUACAAGAUAUUGAAAGGUAUAAACAACAGCUUUUACUAGCAUCCGAGAGAGAAACAGCUCUGGAAAGAGCUAAAGUGCAAAUUGAGCUGGACUGGCGGAGGCAUAGUGAAAAUGCUGAAAGAGAUCAAUAUCAGAAAUCCGAGGCUCUAAUACAGAGCUUGUCGACAGCUAGGGAUCAGGCUACUGCUGAGCUGCAAAAGAAGGAACAGAAGCUGCAUGAAGUGGAAGCAGUCCUGUCUUCUGUAACCCAUGAGAGAGAUCAAGCAGUUGGAGUACUUAAAAAGUGUGGUCUCUUGCCAGAAAUUAAAAAACAGGUUACGCUACAGGAUAACAUUGGAGCCACUGAAGCAGGUUUUCUUUCUCCUGAGGUUCAAAGGUUACAGGAACAAAACAAUAACUUGAGGGCUGUGAUUGCAGAAAUGAGGAGAGAAAUGGAGACCCUUGAUAAUCAAGAAUCUUCUUCAGGCUAUACCAAAAUAAAAGCACAGGAUACAGAUAGGACUGACUAUGUUCUGUUUUUAGAGGAGGAGGUCAGAAAACUGAAGAAUAAAUGCUGGGCAAUGAACAAGCAACUUGAAAAUGCAUCGGAAAUUCCCAGUAAAUUAUUUGCAGCUUCUCUAAAUGCACCCCGUUGUAAUAAAAAUACUCAAACCUCCUGUGAAGACCACAGUUCCAAAAGAAACAGUGAUGCAUUACAUCCAGAUGAAAUUACUGAAGAUUCUUUGAAAAAGCAUGAAGGUACAGCUCCAUGUGUGGAUUUAACAGGAACACAAAUGAACGCAGUGACUAGGAGACUUCAGGGUGACCCUGCACACUUCAAGCAAUGGUUCUUCGGCAUGGGGGCAGGUGAUGGACCCCACCCUCAUAAAGGAAACAAUGGACAAGCCAUGCUAAGAAAACUGAAGGAAGCUGUGAGAAAAAUCUCAAAUCUGAGCAAAGAAAAGCAGCAAUUAAUAGAGAUGGUAAACAGAUUGAGAGCCGAACUUGGAGCAGCAUCAAUGGAUGGAUCUCAUGAUUUCAAGCACUCAAAUCAGACUCCAGGACAUAUUUUUCUUGAUGUUCUCCAUCCAAGGGAACUAGCAAGGGAGACUGAACAUCUUUUAGCUUUAGAACACCUGCAGUACCAGCUCACAACACAGGAAUUACAGUAUGCACUGCGAAAACAUAACUCAGGAAAAUGUCCUGUUGGGAAUUUUAAUAAUGAAAAUGUCCCAAGUGACAGUAAAGGAGCAGAACUCACAAUGGAACAGGUUCAGUCAGCAACAUUUGUUAUGAACAAUACUGCAGGACUUCGACAGAAUGAAAUCUCAGCACCCCAUCAGGAUCAACAGCUUAGAAAAGGAAGUCCCAGCCAAUCCAAGCAAGGCCAGUUGUCAUCACCUGGAAGUUCCCUGCAGGACAUUUGGCAGAUUCUAGAGAUGGGAUCAAGCCCUUCCAUUCUCAGCCCACAGAGCAACAAAGACCAAAAGGAGUAUCAGGGCCUCCAUGGAAAUGAAAAACCUGAAGACUCUGAAGAAAAAGGUAGCAUAUAUUUAGAGAAGACACCAGCUGCUGCCUUGACUGUCACAGGAAACAAGCUUAAUGUCCAGUCCAAACAAAAACCAAACAAGCCAUCAUAUUGCCAACCACGAAAACCUUGGAUCUCUCAACAGACAAACAGAAUUCGAAAUUAUAAUGUAAAGGAUUGAACUUUUCAUCUAUAAUAAGACUUUCAUUAAUUAAGAUACUAAGUGGAAAUACUGGACUACAUCAUCAGGCAUGAUAUUGCAUGUUAGUCUACCUUUCCCCCACAGUUUGAGUUGGUAACGAUAGUUUCAUCUAAAGAUGUCCUUUUGUCCAUGGAAGAUGUUUUUCACUAAUUUAAAUGCUUUCAGUUCGCAAUGUGUGCAAGCACCUUUGGGAGUGGUGGGGAGAACAGGAGAUGAAUACAGAGGGGGAGGAUGUGAAACAGGUCACAAAUGUAUUGCAUUAACAGCUUCCAGGUAUGGGCAUAAGGCAGAAACUCAGCACAUGUUACUGACAGCAGGGAAGGAGUGGCUUAUGAUCACAGACAGUAUGGUUUGGCCUUAUUUGGUUGAGUGUUAUUCAAUACACACACCAUCCCCAUAAACCAUUUGUACAGUUUCUUCCAGUAAGCCCUAGUUACAGCCAGCCCAGGAAGUUAUGGGGCCAGUGGCCAACCCCUACUGGGGGAAAAGUUGCCAGGUGCAUCAUGCUUUUCACCAAAUCACCCUCUCCUCAGUCUGCCCACAUUAAGCCCAAUUCCAUUGUCAAGUUGUUUCUAUUGCAGCAUUGUUUCUAUACAGUAGUAAUGUGGAAUGGAAAAAGCUGAUGCACUUUGCAAACAUACAAACACACAUAGUUGUUCAUUAUUUAUGAAGAAUAGCAAAAAAGGGAACAAUACUGUGCAGAUUCUCCAGUGCUUGCUUUAAGGCACUGAUUUUCAGUCUGUGAUCUGAGGAAACUGGAGUAAGAAGAGCGGCAAUACAAGCUUCCUUGAAAAACGGAUUUGAAACCAAUUCGUAAACUCAUUUUUUUCUCUGCUAUAUGCAACUUCAGAACAGUGUGUUGGGUAUGAGCUAAAUUACUGUCUCUGUUGAUGUGGUUUUGCAGUCCACAGGAGGUUUAGGCAGUGUCUUGCUUAAAUUGAAUGUGGUUAUUAUAAAGCAGAAGGUCCUGAAAUACACUGGGUUUCCACAGCACAAAUUCAGGGAUAAGGAGCCGUGAGAAUCUUGUUGGAGAAGCUAGGUGCUAAGUCACAUCUGUAGGUUCUUCAGAGUGCUAGAGGUUAACUGUUUACCAGCUGAACAAGAAACCUUGCAAGUCUAUCAGAAGAUGCUACCUGAGGUGCAGAAAGCUUCACAACAGUAUAACUGGUAGGAAGUCAGUAUGGUCCUCUCCUCCCCUUCAUAGUACCCUUCCCCCUAAAAUUAUAAAUCUCAAGGGUACUUUUCAUUUCUGGUGGAGCUGUGAUAAAUAAAAAAACAGCUGGGAGUUCCAAAGAGAAUCACAUUAUGGAUUAUCCCAUCAGUGGGCCCAGUUGUACUUUUGUUAUAUAAUGUCAAAAAGUUCAUUUGCUUGCAAGUGAGGUCUUACUAUUUAUCAGUGGUAGCAAAGGUUGUCCUGGACAAUAAGUGGUAUACUAAUCCUGCCUCUUCUGAGACUUGGUAAUUAGUUUCAGUUUUGUGUGUGUGUAUAAAUUUAUGAAAAAACUGACCGAUCCCAAAUUACCAAAAUAUAAGGCAUUUUAUGGGGAGUUUGGUUUUGGUUUGUAUGAUUAUGUAGAUAACAAGAUUCACAGGUGCCAUCUAAAUAUUUUUUGGCUGUUUGGUUUGUGUAUUGAUUGGUGACCAUUGUAUACUAUUCUUAUUAGGUUGAGAAUAUUUUUCUUUGUGUGACAGUUUUAAUAAUUUUUUUUUGUUGGAAGGUACAUUGUUCGUUUCCUUGAUCUGAUCUGUUUUAAUUCUGAGAAAUUGAACAGGUGAAAGUUGACUAAAUGGGAAGUUGCUAAGCAAAAUAUUCUGGCAGCUAUGGUUGUGUGUAUGGCUCUUCCAGCACUGUCUAGUACAGUGGUUCUCAACCUGGGGAUCCGGACCCCUUUGGGGGUCGAACGAUCCUUUCACAGGGGUCGACUAAGACUCUCUGCAUCAGUGUUCUCCAUCUGUAAAAUGGAUAAAUGUUAGGGUUGGGGGUCACCACAACAUGAGGAACUGUAUUAAAGGGUCACGGCAUUAGGAAGGUUGAGAACCACUGGUCUAGUAGAUGGCCACAUCUAAGAUUAGAACCCUGGACCUCGUAUGUGCUAAACUUGACCUGCCCUGACAAGGUUAGGAGUUUCUUUAUACUUGCUUCAGUUCCAGUGUGUGCGGCUGGUUGUAUCUCCAGGACCAGUGGAAGAUUCCAAAUGCUCCAGGACGUAUUCCUUUUUAACAUGCUCCCAUGGCUGUGUGCUUAGAGAGUUGCUGCAAGAUGUGGGUCUUGCUUCUUACCACUGGUGGCCCGCUGACAUGAUUGUUGCUGGUUAAAAGGCAAUGUUUUCCUUACUCUCACUUUUUCAAUGUGAGCGUUGCUAUUCUUUCUGUUUAAAAUUAUUGUUUCUGUAACUUCUCCAUUGGGAGUAUAUAGUAGUCUGAUUAGACUGAACAGAAACACUGGCAGAAGCAUUUAAUAGUUCAGACAAAAAUAUGCUGAAAUAUAAGUGAAGCACGUACAAUAACAAACAUUUUUAAUGGCUACUGGUGGUGGAGGAAAGUCAUUGCUGACUUAUGGUGACCCCAUAGGGUUCUCCAGGCAAGAGAUGUUCGGAGAUGGUUUGUCAUUGCCUCUGUGUGGUCAGAGAGUUCUGAGAGAACUGUGAUUGGCCCAAGGUCACCCAGCAGGGUUCAUGUGGAAGAGUGGGGAAUCAAACCUGGUUAGCAAGAUUAGAGCUUGCCACUGUUAGCCCUAUUACACCAUGCAAUUAAAGCAGUCAACUAAGGCAGUGCUGGCACAUUUGGCAUUUGUAAGCCCUACUGUUGAUGCAAUGUAACACAGGGAUGCUACAGCCAUUCUGACAAUCCUCAUGAUCCUCUAUUAUGAAUCACUGAUAGUCAAGUUUCCCUCCUUGCCACAUAUAAGCCCUUCACAUGGUACAGUGGAAGGAGAAACCUCAUAGCUGAAAAAAUAUUUCUAAAAUCAGCACACGGAAAAAAGCUUGUGCUCUUUCGCUAGCAGAUACAGCAAUUCAUAAGACUGUGAUGUUAUUUUUUUUAAUUGUAUCGUAUCAUCUUCCUUCAUCAAUGGUCUAAAGUGAUAAAGUGGGUAAUAAAUAUAAAUAAAUAAAAUAA